UUAUUGAAUAUCCCUCAAAAUUGGUUGGUACAGAAACCGAUUUUACUUUCUUGAGAGAUUCGGCUACAUAACAUAUUUUGCUCAGUCUUGUUAUAAAGUAUUAUAUUUAGGCUUUGAUUUUAUCAUCCUUGCCAUAAGGUAUCUAAACGUGUAAACUUCCGUGACGUUAGGGAAUGUCAAAGUCACAGACGACACAAAUCCUGAAGGCAAGGGCAACAAAAACCGUAAAAUUCUUCCCGCCAUUUGAUUUGAUUAGGUACCAAAAUCCUUUAGUUUUGUUGAAUAGGUUAAAUUUAUUUUACAAAUUUUUGACUAUUCCGUUAAGGUAUAAGCAAUAAAUAUUUACUAAGUGCAUUGACUUCAAAAUGGUAGGUCAAUAUGAUGCCAAUGAACUCCCUGUUAUGCUACCGAUUUACUACACAAGGCAUUUCCCACAGAAUAUUUUCUGCAGGUGGCUAGCUUGUGGUAGCAGUCCUCAACCUCUUUCCAAUAGAGAAUUAUCGUUUACAUUAGCAGAUGAUGUAUACCUUCGUUAUUUGUCUAUCAGCAAUCAGAAGGAGUUUUUGACUUUGUUGCAAAAGAAAUGCCCAUUCAAAUUAGAUGUUGGUGCAGUAUAUAAUACUAAGCCUUCAAUGGGUAGACAUGAUGGAGUAGUGCUGGCAAGAGAAUUGGUUUUUGAUAUAGAUUUGACUGACUAUGAUGAAGUUAGAACAUGCUGUCAAGAGGCCAAAGUUUGUGAGAAAUGUUGGAAGUUUAUGAUCAUAGCUUGCAAUAUUAUAGAUAAAGCUUUGAAAGAAGACUUUGGUUUUCAAAAUAUCUUAUGGGUAUUCUCUGGUCGUCGUGGCAUCCAUUGCUGGGUUUCAGACUAUGAAGCUAGAACACUGGAUACUCCAGGAAGAGGAGCAUUGGCUGACUAUUUAUGUUUGAUCACAGGAGGGGAAAACCAGUAUAAAAAAGUUCAUUUGGGAAGUGAUAAUUUACAUUCUAGUAUCAGGCGAGCUCUUCAAAUCAUAGACAAGUAUUUUGAACAAGUUUUGCAAGAUCAAGAAUUUUUUGCAUCUACAGAAGGUUUGAAAGCAUUCCUUAAAUUGAUACCUGAUGAAGCAUUGAAGGCACAAACUGCAAAAAGACUUGAAAAGAUGCCUGCAUCAUCUUUAGAGAGAUGGCAAGAAUUUAGGAGUAUAUAUGACAAUUACUGCAGAGAAAAUGCAGGCAUUACUCGAAGAUUGAAGUAUUUAAUCGAAGAAAUAAAAAUACAAUAUUGUUAUCCCCGGCUUGAUGUGAAUGUAACGAAAGGAUUCAAUCACUUAUUAAAAUCGCCGUUCAGUAUACACCCCAAGACUGGAAAAGUAUCAGUUGUAUUUAAGCCUAAAGAGGCAGAAAGAAUGAAAUUGAACGAAAUACCCACAAUAGACUCUUUACUUGAUGAUAAUUCUCCAGAAAGCGAACUUCAUCGUAAAAAUAUGACAAAAUCUGUAAAGAAUUUUCAAGAGGUUGUUUUUUCAUUGGAAAAAGCUGAAGCAUUACGAAGAAGGAAUGAUGCUAAUGUAUCUUUGGAAUUUUAAAUGCAAGUCGUUAACAUACAAUAUGUUAACGACUUGCAUCUCAUGCCAAGUUGUUCUAUGUUACAACAAAAACAUAUUUCCGUUGACAAAAUUAGAAUUUAAUUUACAACAAUAAUUAAAGCAUGAGUGAUUUAUUAAAAAAAAAAAACUUUUAGAAUACAAUAUAAUAAGCUUCACCUAAUUGUAUCAUCAAGUCCAA